GUGCAUUACACCCCAAAUUAAUAAAAUAAUAAGUAAAAAGAGUUACUUGGUAUUUAAUUACUUUGGACUUUGAAGGAUCCCUUCUAGCGGUGGUUUGCAACCUGGCAACAAUGCAAGCUCUCACCUUUACUGGUCUGCAACUACAACCUUCUUCCUUCCAUCACCACUUUUCUCCCAUUUUCAUCUGAUUUUGUUUUCUGGGUGCCAUCUGAUCUUAAAAGUCCUUUUCCCCCCAUUUUUAGAUUCUCCUAGAGAAUCCAACAUUACAUGCAAAAGUAAAGAGAAAAUCUUUAAUUUUUUUAACAGAAUUUUGAAAAGAAAAUGAAAGACGCCAAGAAAGAUUCAGAAAUGGUAUGGGAUCAGAUUCAGAUGAGGAGCCCAUCGGGAAAUCCGCUUGUUCUUGGACAUUCGACCCGACCCAUUCCCAAGCUCAUGGUCUGGUUAAUCCUCUUCGUUUCAGUUACCUAUGUUGUCUACACUCUCAAGCUGCUAACGGCCUCAGUUCAUCACACUUCCGAUGAUUUCCCGUUUACUUUAUCCACCAGAACAGGCAUUACAUCUCCGCCGUCGAUUCUCAAUCAGACGGCUGAGCCAACGUCGCCCCUUCUUCGCCAUCGAGAUGUCCGAGAAAAACCGGUGGUAGCGGUGCAAAUGCCGAAUAAACCGAAGCCGACGGAGAUCCACGACAUCGUUUUCGGGAUCGCGGCUUCUUCCAAGCUAUGGCAGCAGAGGAAAGAGUACAUCAAGAUUUGGUACAAGCCGAACAAAAUGCGGGGCGUGGUUUGGCUCGACGAUCGCGUGAAGUACUCUCCGGGGGACAAGCAAACCCUUCCGCCGGUUCGUGUCUCCAGCGACACUUCCAACUUCGCCUACACGAACCGGCAAGGUCACCGGUCGGCGAUUCGAAUAUCGCGGAUCGUGACGGAGACGUUGAGGCUUAAGAUGGAUAAUGUCCGGUGGUUCGUGAUGGGUGACGAUGACACCGUGUUUAUCACGGACAAUCUGGUUAGGAUUUUGAGGAAAUACGACCAUACACAGUAUUAUUACAUCGGGAGCUUGUCGGAAUCUCAUAUCCAGAACAUUUUUUUCUCCUACGGCAUGGCAUACGGCGGCGGAGGGUUUGCCAUUAGCUACCCAUUGGCUAAGGCUUUGGCGAAGAUGCAGGACCGGUGUAUUCAGAGGUACCCAGGAUUGUACGGCUCAGAUGACCGAAUGCAGGCUUGUAUGGCUGAACUCGGUGUCCCGCUCACUAAGGAACUCGGCUUCCACCAGUAUGACGUGUAUGGGAACUUGUUCGGACUCCUUGCUGCACAUCCCGUAACACCAUUGGUGUCACUGCAUCACCUUGAUGUUGUCGAGCCUAUUUUCCCCAACGUAACCAGGGUUGAAGCCCUUCAGCGGCUUAUGUUGCCUGUAAAGCUGGAUUCAGCAGGAAUCAUGCAGCAAUCCAUCUGCUAUGAUAAAUCCAAGAGUUGGACUAUAUCAGUUUCAUGGGGUUUCGCUGUUCAAAUCUUUAGAGGAAUCUUUUCACCACGGGAGAUCGAAAUGCCUUCUAGAACAUUCUUGAAUUGGUACAGAAGAGCAGAUUACACAGCAUACGCUUUCAACACUCGUCCAGUUAGCCGAAACCCAUGCCAAAAGCCUUUUGUGUUUUACAUGUCAAAGGUGGGAAUGGAUUCAGAACUGAACCAAACAGUAAGCGAGUACGAGCGGCACCAUGUGCCGCAUCCUCCCUGCAGAUGGAAGAUGGCUAAUCCCGGUGCACUUGAAAUGGUGAUCGUCAAUAAGAAACCAGACCCACAUCUAUGGGAUAGAUCGCCGAGACGGAACUGUUGCAAGGUAAUGGAAUCAAAGGAACCAGGAACCAUGGUGGUGAAUGUGGGUGUAUGUAAGGAUGGUGAGGUUAGUGAAGUAUAGUGUGAUUAAUGCUUUGAUCAUUUUAGGGGUUAGCUUUUCAUCCUUAAAUGGGUUUCCUAUUAUAUUUAUUAAUUUAUCUCUCAAGUGUCCAAAUAUUGUUUCUUUAUGCAAGAAUAGAGUGUAAUUUGGAGAACAAGCAACAAAUUAUAUGUUGUAUAAAAAAAUUGCAGUAUUAUAGCA